GGGCGCCGCGGUUUCAGGGGCCGCGUGGCCUGCGGGGGUGUGUUCACCGGGGGCGGGCGUGCGCCCCGGAGCCCGGAGCCCGGACUUGGGCGGAGGUGGGGAGCUGUGCUUGGGGCGGAGACCUCGGUGUCCGGAGCUGCCCUCUCACAGCAGGCAGGAGCCGGGCAUCGCUGGAGGGCCUCCCCAGGGCGGCGCGGCGCCCUGGCGAGCUGCGGGGACAGCGAGAAGCCGAGCUGGGGGACGAUCACCUCCCUCCCCACGGAAGCCAGCGCUUCCCUGGGGUGGGGGAUGUUUCGCUGCCCGCACUUCGCAGCCCCCGGGGCCGAGCGCGCGCCAUCGCUGGCCCAAGUUGCACCCUACCCGGCACGGGGAGCACUGGGGCCACGCGCAGACAUCCCUCCUGAGGGCACGCGCACUGCGGCGGCAUGUGUGUAGGGAAUGAAUGAAAACUGGUUUCUGAAAAGUUGUUUCUUCUCAUUCAAGUAUUGGGCCUUUAGUGUAACAUUAUUCGUUUGGAAGGCUAGGAAUUGGUGGGCGUGGUGGAGACGAACCAUUGAACUCGUCGGCAUGUAAUUUGGUGUCGCCCUCAGAGGCAUGGCCAGCGUGUUAAAGAGCGUUGCAAGUGGUAUAGAGGACUGAACGGUAAAAGACUUCUCUUAUUAACAAGAUCUUGAUAACGUUCCAUUGUUAUCAAUGACGUAAAUGCCCGAGGAAAUCUGCUUAGUUUCUCCUUUGAUUGCAUUGAGAUCCGGUUCAAAACCUCAAGAGGUGUGAGGGGACGCGAAGCAUUGGAGGCGGAGAGCCUGGGUAAGGAGCACUGAGUGAACUGAAGUUACUGUAACUAGAAGCCCUUUUGAUGUUCACGAUAAUAGCAGCUCUUUUCUCUGUCUUUUUUGUAGACGCAGGUUAAGUGCAUGUGUGCCUUUUUUUGGCCACUUACUUGGCAUGCAAAUGUUAUUUCUCUGGGGGCUUAAAAAAUGCCGGAAGGAUGAUUCAUUUUAUGUUGAAGGUGUGUUUACUGACUGUAUAAAAGGUUUCUGCUAUUUUGAUGUUUGCAUAAUUUUAAACCAGAAAGCAAGUCGUUUCCCUUGAGUCUUCAAGUUUACCUUUUAUUUUAAUCAAAUAUUGCUUCGAGAGUGUUGGAUUUUGACUGUGACAUGCUUCUCCACCUGGAUGGUAUCCAAGAGGACGGGCUAGGCUCUUCCUUCUGGCUUUAUGGGCCAACCUGGAAAAUACAGCAGCAUAAACAGAUGAUGCAGAGAGAUGCAGUCCCCAUAUCCUCAGGUCUUCUGAACAAACUGUUUCCUUAAGCAUGGGCCUGGCUGUGACUGUGGUUUCUCUGCCCGGAAGCUAAUGCUCAGGCGAACCUGUUCUGGCCCCCUCUGAUUCCUUCUCAGUGUGUGGAUGCUUCCCGUGCGCAGGGGCUCCUGUUUCAGUAAGAGCUGCAUCCUCUUUCAGCCUGAGAGGAGACGGCUUUUGAGGUUGCUUUGGAAGCAUUAGCUUUAAAAAAAAAAAAAUAGAAAAGCGUAGCUACUCAUUUAGAAUUUUUUUAAGUUUGUAUAUUAGGCAUAGGAGUAUUUAUACCAUCUUUUGAGGUCUAGGCUUGAAAUCUUCCUGAAAGUACUUCAGAUUGAAUGUGCUGAUCCCAGUGACAGCUACAACGGUAGAGCAUCGGGAUGCUGACCGUGUUUUAGCACUUUGGCAACCUGGUGCAAUCACACGGGGUCAUUGGCUUGUUCUCUGGAGCACUGGCAUUGGUUCACAUGGACUCGACUCUAGAGGCUGAGCUUGAGGUGGGGUGACCCCCAGCUCUUCACCACUUGUCAUAUCCCAGCUCACUGAGGAGAUGAAUGGGUGCUUUGUAAAGUCUUCCCAACACCAGAGCCCUGGGACUUCGUUGCUUACUGUCUUCCACUACGCCCUGUUUACCCGGAAUGGAAAGUGACGUUACAAAAAUAAAGGAGAACAAGUUGCAUCCCCUGCUGGUCUGUUUCUGCCCACCACAGCUGGCUGGGGGUGCAGUUCAGGGGCUAGCCCAUGAAUCUGUGGAGUGGAAACAAAAUGUCAGUCAGCGUGCACGAGAACCGCAAGUCCAGAGCCAGCAGCGGCUCCAUUAACAUCUACCUGUUUCACAAGUCCUCCUAUGCUGACAGCGUCCUCACUCACCUGAACCUUCUGCGCCAGCAGCGCCUCUUCACCGACGUCCUUCUCCACGCCGGAAAUAGGACUUUCCCUUGUCACCGGGCAGUGCUGGCUGCGUGCAGCCGCUACUUCGAAGCCAUGUUCAGUGGGGGCCUGAAAGAGAGCCAGGACAGCGAAGUCAACUUCGACAACUCCAUCCACCCGGAAGUCUUGGAGCUGCUUCUCGACUACGCGUACUCCUCCCGGGUCAUCAUCAAUGAAGAAAACGCGGAGUCGCUCCUGGAAGCUGGCGACAUGCUGGAGUUUCAAGACAUCCGGGAUGCAUGUGCAGAGUUCCUGGAAAAGAACCUGCACCCCACCAACUGCCUGGGCAUGCUGCUGCUCUCCGACGCACACCAGUGCACCAAGCUGUACGAACUCUCCUGGAGGAUGUGUCUCAGCAACUUCCAGACCAUCAGGAAGAAUGAAGAUUUCCUCCAGCUGCCCCAGGACAUGGUCGUGCAGCUCCUGUCCAGUGAAGAGCUGGAGACAGAAGACGAAAGGCUCGUGUACGAGUCUGCGAUCAACUGGAUCAGCUACGACCUGAAGAAACGCUACUGCCACCUCCCCGAGCUGCUGCAGACAGUGAGGCUGGCUCUCCUGCCAGCCAUCUAUCUCAUGGAGAACGUGGCCAUGGAGGAACUCAUCACCAAGCAGAGAAAGAGCAAGGAGAUUGUGGAAGAGGCCAUCAGGUGCAAACUGAAAAUCCUGCAGAACGACGGCGUGGUAACCAGCCUCUGCGCCCGGCCUCGGAAAACUGGCCACGCCCUCUUCCUCUUGGGAGGACAGACUUUCAUGUGUGACAAGUUGUAUCUGGUAGACCAGAAGGCCAAAGAGAUCAUUCCCAAGGCCGACAUCCCCAGCCCAAGAAAAGAGUUCAGCGCGUGUGCGAUUGGCUGCAAAGUGUACAUUACCGGGGGGCGAGGCUCUGAGAACGGAGUCUCGAAAGAUGUCUGGGUUUACGAUACCCUGCACGAGGAGUGGUCCAAGGCUGCCCCCAUGCUGGUGGCCAGGUUCGGCCAUGGCUCUGCCGAACUGAAACACUGCCUGUAUGUGGUCGGGGGGCAUACUGCUGCGACCGGCUGCCUCCCGGCCUCCCCCUCAGUCUCCCUAAAGCAAGUAGAGCAUUAUGAUCCCACAACCAACAAAUGGACGAUGGUGGCUCCCCUCCGAGAAGGCGUUAGCAAUGCCGCAGUGGUGAGUGCCAAGCUCAAGCUGUUCGCUUUCGGAGGUACCAGCGUCAGUCAUGACAAGCUCCCCAAGGUUCAGUGUUAUGAUCAGUGUGAAAACAGGUGGACGGUGCCAGCCACCUGUCCCCAGCCCUGGCGUUACACAGCGGCAGCCGUGCUGGGUAACCAGAUUUUUAUUAUGGGGGGAGAUACAGAGUUCUCCGCCUGCUCUGCUUAUAAAUUCAACAGUGAGACUUACCAGUGGACCAAGGUGGGAGACGUGACGGCAAAACGCAUGAGCUGCCACGCUGUGGCCUCCGGAAACAGACUCUACGUGGUUGGAGGGUACUUUGGCAUUCAGCGGUGCAAAACUUUGGACUGCUAUGAUCCAACGUUGGAUGUGUGGAACAGCAUCACCACCGUCCCGUACUCGCUGAUCCCCACGGCAUUUGUCAGCACCUGGAAACAUCUGCCUUCUUAAAUGCAACACAUCCUAAAGAGAGGAGGCGAGCAUGAGCUCACUCCAUCACUCACUGAGACAAAAUGAGAUUUCUACUUUGGAGAGGCCAAAUUUAAUGAAGAGACAGAAAAGUUGCUACAAGGCUCCAAGUCAAUCAGCUGCACCUUGUAAUGCUCCAACUGGACAUGAAGGAAGGGGG